GUAAUGUCGGUAAAAUGUCAUACGUGGACAGUUUCUUGAAGUCUUCACUCGAUUUGCGAAAUUCUUAGCAAUUAAAUACGCGCAUUAAAAUUUCGGACUGCGAUUUCGAUCAGGAUCAAUAUUACGUGAUUAUGUUGAUAUUGGAAUAUCUUUAUCGCGAGUAAAAGCAUGUCUAAGGCGAGAACGAUCCCGCAUAACCUUAUUCAAUGGGACCAAAGUGACAAUCCCUUGGCCCCGUUGACAGAAUGUCAGAAGGAUUGUCUGACGAGUCUGGAAACUGCGAUAUCUUCGUCGUUUCCGUCGUCGAAUCGGCAGACCGAUGUAAUAAUCCACAGCGAUGGGGAGAAUUCGCAGAAGCAGGAUUCUCAGGAAGGCAUCCUUCCGAUAGAAAGGUAUCAGGAGUUACUUCAGCAUUACUUGUCUUUAGAGAGGAGAUACAUGUCCAUGUAUGAUAUGAAGUAUUUAUACCUCGACCAGUUGAAAUCGAGGAGAUCUGAGUGCCACGAGGUUUGUUCCCAGAUAGAGAAGGCGUUGGAUGAUUUUUCUGCGCUUUAUAAACAGUAUAAUGAAGUCUCUGCUAAGACCACUUCUCUGUAUGAGGCCAGCGAGCAGCUUAUUUCUGAUCAGAAGCAGCUGAACGCGACAAUCGACAGCAUCACAGAAUACGUUAGAUAUUUCAAGGAGAUCAAUGUGAUCGCAGAGAAACUGGACGCCCCCACACUGUCGAUCAACAGCGAAACGUUCUUUGACAUAUUAGACAAGAUUGAUAUUAAUAUAGAUUUCAUGCAGAGUAAUUCAUCGUACAAUGAGAGCGGAGUUUAUUUGGUACGGUACAGGCAUUGUCAGUCGAAGGCAAUAACAUUGAUACAGAAUUAUAUUUUCAAUCUCUUCUCCAAAACUACAGAGAGCAUCUUAAAUUUGAAGGACAAUGAAGGUUCGCAGGAAAAUGCAGAUGCAGCGCUCGCUUUGUUCUAUGGAAGAUUUCAGACAAUUUUGUGCAAGACAAAACCAGUCAUCGAGCAGGUUGAAAGUAAGUCAUACAAGAGACAGGAGUACGACAGUCUGCUGUUGGAAUGCCAUCAAUAUUAUUGGAGUCAGCGAGGCUUGGUGUUAGGUGCCAGCAUACAAAAGUCCUUGAAUUCUGUCAGGGAGAAGUACAAUGGUGAUCAUUGUAGCUUGGUACGGCACUCUUGUGCUCUACUCUUGCAUGCAUCGAUAGAUGAACACAAGCUCUUCUAUGAAUUCUUCACGAAGCAAUCGAGUGGGCUGACAGCGUAUUUGGAGAGUUUGUGCACUUCCCUGUACGAUGCACUACGACCUUUCAUAAUACACAUCAAUCAUCUAGAAACAUUGGCAGAAAUCUGUUGCAUUCUGCGAAUAGAAAUGUUGGACGAGUAUGUGCAUAAUUUUGAACCACUGGAAGGCUUCGGCAACAUUUGCUUGCAACUGUUGCACGAUGUACAAGAGAGAUUAGUAUUUCGCGCGCAUUUGUAUCUGCAGUCCGACGUGUUGAACUACAAUCCUUCAUCUGGAGAUUUGGCGUAUCCAGAAAAAUUGAAGAUGAUGGAGGACAUAGCGGAGUCGAUCAGAGAAGAGACACGUCAGACUCGCAUGAAGAAGAUCUCGGUGUCAUCUGCUGACAGUUCUGUUCUAGAGCCAGUCUCACGAAAUCAUAUAGUCAUCGAUUCUAUUUAUCAGAAGACACACAUGGGAAGUUCUCCAGCAGAUUUGCAUGCAAUGUGGUAUCCCACGGUACGCAGGACCCUGGUAUGUCUGUCAACUUAUCGCUGUGUGGAUAGAUCUGUGUUCCAGUCGUUGAGCCAGGAGGCCAUUUCUCUAUGUGUGCAAAGCAUCGAGAAUGCCAGGCAGGAAAUUGAGAAGAGAGCAAGCACCCUGGAUGCAGAAUUAUUUCAGAUAAAGCAUUUGCUGAUCCUUAGAGAGCAGAUUGCACCAUUUCAAGUUGACUUUACUAUCAAGGAAUAUAGUUUGGAUUUCUCCAAAGUGAAGACUGCGGCAUUUGGAUUACUUGAGAAGAGUUCCAGGCUCUUCACUUUAUCAAACAACGCAUUAUUACAGUUUCUCUUGGAAGGUGCACCGCAGAUGAGGGAACAACUCAUCGAUUCAAGAAAACAUGUGGACGCAAAAUUGAAGUUUUCAUGUCAGCAAUUGAUACAACACGCAACUUAUUUAUUGAUUAAUCCUAUUAUCAAAUUAUUGGAGAAGGACAUUUAUGAUGCUGGAUCCAGUCAGGAGCAAAAGACACUAGGAAGUGCAAAGGAAGUGGCAGUCAUAGUAGUCGAUGUGUUGAGGAUAAUCAAGUUUAAAUGUCCCGAGGUGCAACAAUCGAUGCAGUUGUAUUUAGCUAAUAAGGAAACUGAAUUUAUUCUAUUUAAACGUAAAAAUAACAUUUGCGCCGUUACGCAGUUGCAUCAAACGUUGAAUAAGUAUUACAAUCCGGAGGAACUUUUGUUAAUCGCGUGUCCUUUACCAGAACAGAUUUCCGUUAUGUUGAGUUCGACGACAUUAGUUCAAGGGAAAUUAAAUCGAGAACCGCAAUCAAAUUUAAAACGGUCGCAGUCGAUUACUAAACAAGAAGUCUAGUGGUUUACAAAAAGAUUCAGAUUUAUUUAUUUUAUUGCUCGAAAUUAUAUAUAAUAGAUUAUUGGACAGAAUAGUGAGUUAGUUAUAAAUAACUUAAUUAUUAAUAGUCUAAUAAAAACGGAGCAAAAAUAAAAAUUUCAUAUGCAAGAUGUACGUAACUGUUUCUGUAAACGUAAAAAAAUUUUAUAAGUAAAAAAUAAAAAUGAAGUUGAAACCAAA